CAGCGCGCGUGGCGGCGACGGCGGCGGCCAAUCAGGGAGGCGGGGCCGCGCGUGGCGGGAAAUGGCGGCGGCGGUGGCGGCGGCGGCGCUGCUGGAGCGGCUCAAGGCGCUGGCGUGCCCCCCCGCAGUGGAGGCGGCGGCGGCGGAGCCCCCCGAGGCCCUGCGGCUGCUCUGCACCCCCUCGGCCCGGCGCCUGGCCCUGCUCGAGUGGAUCUGCUGCCGGGUGCACCCCCCCCUCGGCGCCCGCCUGGCCGCUCUCGAGGACGCCCCCGAGGACGCCCGGCUGCAAGAACUGGUGGAACUGGGAGCAGAGCUGAUGCUGUGCCGGGCCGAUGACCUGCCGCUGGCGAAGGGCACGGCGCCCCCCCAGCAGCAGCUCGAGUUCAUCACAGACCUGCUGGACGCGGCCCCCCCGCCGGGGGACGAGAGCCAGGACUCCCCCCCCAGCAGGGACCCAGGCGUCCGGGCCCCCUCUUGCAGGGACCCAGGCGUCCGGGUGCCCCCAGCCCCAAGGGGGCCCAGGCGUCCGGGCAAGCGGAGGCCGCAGGAGCUGGCGGCGGCCCUGGAGGAGACGACGCGGCGCCUGGAGCGGCUCAAGGCCCAGCACCCCGAGCUGGGGGGGCCGCCCGGCGAGGCCCCCCCGGCCCUGCUGACCCUGGGGCUGGCGGCCCGCGACCUCGGCGCCCUGGCGACGGCUUUCCAGGCCACGGAGCUGCGGGACCCCGGGGCCCCCCCGGGCCGGGGGGAGCCCCCCGCCCUCAGCCCCUGCGGCCCCCUGGCCCCCCAGGUCCACCGGGGCCUGCAGUGCUUCGUGCAGGGGGGGUUCAGGGAGGUUCCUUGGGUCCCAUAG